CAUAGUUAAAUCCAUAUGUACAUAUGUACACACAUUUACCCAGUGAAACACCAGUUAUUGAAUAUAACACCGUGUAUUGGUUAAUAGAUAAUUCUGCGAAAGACAAUUAAGAAAUAAACUCAAGAGUUACCCAAAAUGACUGACUCAAUGAAAUUCGGACCAGAAUGGUUGCGCAAUAUGUCUGCGGAGCCCUCAACCGUUGGCAGUAAUAAUGUGUCUGGCCCUGCUGCUGCUGCUGGCGGGUUAAACAGUGCUCUGUCCAUACACAGCCUCGUUGGUGGCGGCAGCGGUGGCGGAGGAGUCAAUAUGCUGGCCGGUCAAGGCCAUACAGCUGCCUCUCGUAAUAUGUUUCCGGAGUACCGUUACGGGCGCGAGGAGAUGUUAUCAUUAUUUGAUCGGAAUUGCAUGCUGCCCCAGAUUCUGCCCUCGUUCAAAAAGCUGUUUGUUGAAAAAGUCCAGUACCCUCUUGCUCUAACCCCGAGCUCAGAGGAGGAGAUAAACAGCCAAAGUCCGCUUGGCAGCAACUCGCGUCCAGCCUGGUUGCAGCGCUCGCCGGGUGGGUUUGGCAUACCAUCGCGCGGUUCCGGCCGGGGUGGAACCGUUGAUCGUGGCCGAAUGCGUGGUAAAUCGGUUUAUCAUUCAAUAUACCAAAGACCAAGCGCCAUAUAUGAUGACAGUCUUUCGGCUAUAUCGAUGAAGCCGGACCGAAAUUGGAGCGAGCGGAAUGGCACCGGAGACUCUGCAGCUGUUGGUGCACCUCCUGGCAGCGGCAGCGGCGGGUUGGACUGGAACGGUACACCGAGUUCUAGCCCGCGAAAGGAUUUUUCAAACCACAAUCGCAAUAUGGAGAACUGGCGCAGAAACCGCAACGAAGAUGGCUCCGGAGACGGCCCCAGUACAGGUAGUUCAGUUGGCGCGGAAGCGGCAGGUUGGCGCAGCGGCGGCACCCAUCGAUGGGGGCGGUCGACCAGCUGGCGCGACGAGGAGCCUUUACAGGGUGGGAGCAUUGAUGGCACUAAUUUCGGGGUCAAUACAGCCGGCAAUAUACAAAGGUCGAUUUCAUUAAUAGGAACUAUAGCCACUGAGCGGUCGAGCGUUAAAUCGCAGCAAGGGUCAUCAGUUGGUGGGAACUCAAAUCGGCAGAUGAGCUCAAAAUCGAAUCAAUCGUGGCCUGGAAACAGCGGUGCCAGCGGUGCUGACGGCGAGGAUAAUUUGCCGGAAUGGGCUAUGGAGAACCCAUCCGAAGUGGGCGGCACUUUUGAUUCAAGUGGCGCUUUUCAUGGGGAAGUCGCAACGGAUUGUGAGCAACUAAAAAAUAAUAAUCGAACUCCACAAAAGCAGGAGGAUGCAACCGGUUUAAGUAGCUUUUCAGCAAUAAAAGAAAAAGUUGCAUUGCCAAAUACCAACUCGAUAAAAACUGUCCAAACUGAACAGCCAAAUGCUGCGAAUAUCAAAUCGAAGUCAAUAACAAAGCCCACAAGCUUAGAGACCAUUACAAACAGCACUCUUACCGACACAAACAGUACCGAAACUAUAAUUAUCACUAACAGCAACAAUAAUUUGAAAGCGCAAGAAAUUGAUGUAAAGUCAGAAACAGCUGAAUCAACGCCCACGCACAAAGCUGAGAAAGCUGGCCAUAGCGACAUUUCAAAACGCUUCAAAGAGGUGGCCGAUGAAGUUGAGAAACUGAUAAUGGAUGAUGAUGUUGGCGAUGCUUCUGAUACCCAAGUGGAUGCAAUUAACAGAGAUUUGACCAGCUCAACAAGUAUUGCUGGCGGUAAUGGCAACAGCAGAUACGGCAUACCCGGCCUGCCGAGCGCUGUGGUGGAUCCAGGCCAGUUGCAGAACCAACUCGUUGGCCAACUCCCGGAGGCGGCAGCGAGUGGAAUACUCGGUGGUGAAUUGUCGCAUAAGCCGCUGCCCUUCACUGAUCAAUUGGCAAUGCAGCAGCAGCAGCAGCAUCAUCAUCAUCAUCAUCAUCAUCAGCAUCAUCAGCAGCAGCAGCAGCAUCAUUUACAGCAACAUCAGCAGCAUUUAUCUGUGCUGCCGCCCCAUGUGAUGAGUGCUAACCCGAACGACCUGUGGUUUUACCGGGAUCCACAGUCGAAUGUCCAGGGACCGUUUAGUGCCAUGGAGAUGACUGAAUGGUAUCGGGCCGGUUACUUUAAUGAGAAUCUUUUUGUGCGCCGAUAUUCCGACAGUCGCUUCAGACCGCUAGGCGAGCUCAUAAAGCUCUGUCAUGGCAACAUGCCGUUUACACACAACCAUCUCCUUCCUACGCCCAUCGAUUUGGAUAAUCUACAAAUUACUCUGACCCCGCGUAAGCCCUCGGCACUUACUUUACCGCUUUCAUUAAAUGAACAGCAGCAUCAUCUUCAUCAACAUCCUGGCGUUAGCAUCGACGAGCAAUUAAAAGCGAAUGUAACGGCGGCUGCGGAUUCGCUGAGUGCUGCUGUAAAGGGUCAUAUGAGUGCACAUAGUGUGGACACAUCCCACAUGCUCACCAUGCGCUUUCAAAUGCUACAAGAUCAGUAUUUGCAACACCAAGAGUAUCAGAUACUUUCAGAGCUUUCCAAAAGCGAUUGCUUUCAGCGCAUGGAUGCUGCCCAACGCGAAGCCGUUGUGCGUAGCAAGGUGCAGAUGUUAGUUUUGCCGGAGUAUUUGAGCAGUUUCAGUGGCUUAAGCAACUCCCUGGCUGCUUUAAAUCCGAUAGCCGGAAGUCAAUUGUAUGAUGCAAUUGCACAGCAAGCAAAGAAGGAUCAACAGCAGCAACAUCUGUUUCCUGGCAGCGGUGAUCAGCGCCCGGAUGGCAACUUUUUGGAUGCCAAUGAUUUUAUAAUAAAUGCCCAAUUAAUGCAUCAGCAAACCCAGGGGCAACAAAACCCACAGCCGGUUCAUCCAGAGCAAAUGCAGCAUCAAUUUGUGUCUGACCUGGACACAAACAAAAUAAGUGAACUGCAUGGCAACGAUCUGGAUUUACUAAACGAAUACAACUUGCGAAUGUUGCUACGCGGGACGUCGGCAGCUGCCACCAAUCAACAGCAGCAGCAGCAACAGCCAGCUGCUCUUAUUAAGCCAAGUUCGGCUGUGGACUUCAUGACCGAGUCGCAACUAUUAGCUGCCCAAAACCUUAUAAUGCCGAUGUGGCCUCAAAACGUGACACAACAACAGCAGCCAAUCCAGCCGUGGCCCGCCAUCCCCAACGCUAAAGUCACCUUGUGGGACGUUGCUACAUUGGAGGAGGAGCAGAGCCAGCAGUUGUUGCUGCAGCAACAACAGCAGCAAAAACAUCUUUCAAGACCAGACAGCAGCAACACGAACAGCGCGAUCAAUUUAGAUUACGAUGCAGCACUAAAGCAGGGCCAUGAAAACCAGUGCAAGCCUGAGGGGGAAGGGGCAUCUAAUCUAAUGCAAGUCGAACAGCAGGCGCCGACUCAAGACCAGCAGCCCUCAACUGCGGACAUCGCCCCACAUCGCAAGGAUCAACAAAUAGGUCUAGCAAUUGGUAAGCAAGACGUCAACAAACAGCCUCAGCCUCAGCAGCAGCAGCAGGUGCAACCUCUGCCGCCAAGUCAGAAGCAACAACAGCAACAGCAGCAGGGAAAGCAGUUGGAACUGAAACUUAGCGAUGAGGAGCGCCGCAGGGAGCAGACGGAGGAAAAGAGGCGUAUAAAGGAGGAGCGCAAGCGCCAGCAACAAGAGGAGGAGAAAAGACGCGCGAUGCUAGCUGAAGAGGAAAAGAAUCGGCAGCAACAAGAGGAAAAGGAGCGCCAGCAGCAAAUACAAGCUCAACGCCGCAAGGCUUUGCUUGGCAAUGCGCAAGCCGCGACUAGUGCAUCGGCUUUAACUGCAGCUGGGACAGGCAAUAAGGCAAGCGGCGGUAAGAUAGAGCAGCAGGCAAAUCGUUCUCAUGGUACUUCUAUUGCCCCAUGGUCCUUACAAGCGCCAACCGCAAAUAGCGCUGCUCCAGGACUGGCCGAGAUCCAGAAAGCCGAGCGGCGCGAACGGCGUGCCGAUCAGCAGCGGCAACAAGAGCAGCUGGAUAAGCAAAUGCGGGCUACGGCAGCGGCAGCAGCCGAGGCAAAUGAUGCGCUCCUCAAAUGGCAGUCGUCAUCGGCUCCAGCGCCCGUUAUGAAUUUGGUCGACAUACAGGCCGAGGAGGCUAAGCGCUUGGCUAAUGAGCUGCUGGAGCAGCAGCGCCGGCGGGAGCAUGAGCAGCAUCAGCAAGUUGCGCUUGCCACCAAUCUGUCUGUGUCGGGUGGCCUAUCCAACAUCUGGGGCAAUACCAAUAAGGCGUGGAGCGGACCUGUUAGCAACGCUAACCAAACUGCACCCAACCCCGGGUUGUGGGAUGAUCAAACGCCCGCACCGGCUCCUCCCAAAUAUGUACCCCUGGGCGCUACAACUGCCGCUUCUGUGCUCGCCGCCGGCUUGUCGGCGACCAGCAAGCAGCAAUCUCACACGCAGGCCAAGUCAGUCGGCAUAUUGCCGUCGCCGCGCAACUUGCGUAAGAGCCAAACAUUGCCGACUAUGCAAAAUGUAUUAUCAAAAACUGCCAGAGCUGCCAGUGGUCAGAGCUCACAGCAACAGCAGCAGGAGAAAAACAAUAAAGUGGCCCUAACUAAGGCGACUACUAAGGUCUCGGGUAGCGAGGACAAAAAGUCCAACGCCAAGGCUCAGGCACAGAGCAGCAGCAGCGACGCCUCAAGCAGCAAAGUCAACGAGUAUGAGAAUGAGUUUACCACAUGGUGCAUGAAGAGCCUGGACAACAUGUCGGCCAAGGUGGAUGUACCAACGUUUGUGGCCUUUCUGCAGGACCUGGAAGCUCCCUACGAAGUGAAGGAUUAUGUACGCAUAUACCUUGGCGAGGGUAAAGAGUCGACGGAUUUUGCCAAGCAAUUUUUGGAGCGACGUAGUAAAUACAAAAGCCUGCAGCGUGCGCAAAAUGCGCACAAUGAUGAUAUGUGUAAGCCGGCGCCAGCUAUAACACCAUCGUGUAAUGAUAAUGGAGAUAAUAAGAAUAAGCAGAAGAAAAUCAAGAAAAAUAAGAUGACUAAAAUGGAUGCACGUAUUCUUGGCUUCUCGGUAACCGCCGCUGAGGGUCGUAUCAAUGUUGGAGGUCGCGACUAUGUCGAUGGACCAUAACCUUGAGAACAGCUGUUAACAAUUAAAGGAACGACAAAAGUUGUUAGAUAUAGGAUUGAAAUUGAAUUUGAAUUGAAAAACAGGUCACAACUGGAUGUGGUAAUAAAUCUGUUAUAAAUAAAUGCGUAUGAAAAG